CCACGUCAGUGGUGUUUCUUGUCAAGCUGAAAAGUUAGAUGAUGCUUUCUUGAGACACGUAAACUUUAACUCAAUGGAAUAGUAUAUCUGUUCAUUUUUAGGAAUUAUUAAAACUGUCACUUUAACAGCAUGAUGCACGUUUCGCUGUUAAUGUUGGCAGUGUACGUAGCGUAUAUAAACGCCACCGAAUUAACAUUUGAAUUGGCUGAUAAUGAGAAACAAUGUUUUUACGAGGACCUGCAGCAAGGAGAGAAGUUUGACAUAGACUUUCAGGUCAUUGCUGGGGGGAACUAUGAUGUUGACUGUUUUGUGACAGAUCCACUGAAUAAUGUGCUGUAUCAGGAACGAAAGAAGCAAUAUGAUAGCUUUUCCCAUACAACAGCCAUGAAAGGGGUGUACAAGGUCUGCUUUAGCAAUGAGUUCUCAACCUUCUCUCACAAAACCAUUUACCUGGACUUUAGAGCAGGAGAGGAGAGACCAUUGCUGCCCGAUAUGAACAGAGCAACAGCUCUUACACAGAUGGAGUCAGCCUGCAUGUCUGUCCAUGAGAUUCUGAAGGUGGUUUCAGACUCUCAGACUUGGUAUCGUCUCCGAGAGGCUCAAGACCGAACCAGAGCAGAAGACCUGAACGUGCGAGUAUUCUAUUGGUCUAUUGGAGAGGCCAUCAUCCUGUUUGUUGUCAGUAUUGGCCAGGUGCUAAUGCUUAAGAGUUUUUUCAAUGAGAAGAAAACAAAAGUUGCCACCAGCACAUAGAACCUUUAUUUACUUGUGUGCCUUUAUAUCUCCCUGAAGAUAAUCAGCCUUUUAUCAGGUUUUUGCAGUUAGAACAGGCUCGACUGUGCCUGUAGUCAACCAGAAAUGACCUCUUUUACAAACGAAAUGCCUUAAUUGCAGAGUUAUGUACGAAAUGGUGUGCAUAGUUGAACAUUUCUGUGUAGUAAAAUUAAAUUGGUUUCUGCGUCGAAGUCUUGCUAAAAAUGUUACAGUAAUGGAACUGGAAUGAAAAUAAACGUAUUUAUUUAGAUUUGUUUGGAAGGGGGGUGUACCAGUAGUUUUUAAAUCAAUUUAUUUUGUGAAAAAAAUCUAAUUUUGAUAUUUUGGUAGGUUUGGCUGUAGCUAUAUGACAAUACACUUUUAAGAUUACAUGUUCAAGAUUAUUUUCUUAUACUAUCGGGCUAAUAUAUCCAUCCAUUAGUCCAUCAGGGGCCAGUUGCAUAAAAUGCUUAGACUAGUCAUAAAAGUUAGUCAUCAAAUUUUUGGUCAUAACUUCUACAAAUCUGUUACAUAAAAAGUAGAAUAAUCUAAUUAAAAUCUGAAAAGUAAGAUUUAUUAGUCCUAACUAAUUGCUAGUUAGUGCGAUUAGUUGUUCAGAAGCAGUCUUAACUUAGCGGCUAAGUUUAUGCAACUGGCCCCAGGUUUACUAUAAAUUGUUUAUUAAAAUGUAAGAUUUACCUUUUUAAACACUGUGUAACAGUUUGUAUUGUUUUGCCAGCUCUAAAUACAUGUGUGGAGUUUACAUCAUGUUUGUUAUGUUUCCUGACACUAAUCAAAUGUCAGCUAAAUGUGCAAUUUGACACUGUUUUUCUAAAUAUAUUACCCAUCAGACUGCAUCAGUACUCUGUUUUUGUGCAGUGAGUCACCAAUGUUCACAGUUUUAGAUAUCUGUUACAAAAUGUGUCCCUUUUGCAGUUUUGCAUACUGCACCAUAAAAACGUGCAAGGAGAUUAAUUUGUGAUUUUGAUUGAUUUGAAUUAAAUAUAUUCUAUUGAGGUG